CGUUCUACACGUUCGUGGUACGAUCGUCGGUUUCAGUUCUGUUUCUAAUCGCAUCGGUUCCGGGCCGCCGCGUGUCGUAGCGUUUCUUUCUCCGAGUAGUGUUUGCUACAAAGUUAAUAUUUUUUCUACUUCCCUGCUACCACAAACAUAGUAAAUGGCUCUGUCACUGUGCAGCAAACAAGUGCUCGGCACCACCGGCCGGUUUAGGAGCAGAAUACUGUCGUGGGAAAUCUCGAAGGUUUUGGCAUGUCGCUAUUCGACGGAAAAGAAGCGUUCCAAAAUCUACGCCAGCGCCGACGAAGCGAUCGCUGAUAUUACCGACGGAUCGAAGCUGCUGGUCGGUGGUUUUGGUCUGUGUGGCAUUCCGGAGAACCUGAUCGGGGCACUGGUGAAGAAACGUGCCAAAGACCUGACAGUGGUGUCAAAUAAUGCCGGCGUCGACACAUUCGGUCUCGGCCUUUUGCUGAAGGAGAAGCUGAUCCGGCGCAUGAUCGCAUCGUACGUCGGUGAGAAUGCCGAAUUCGAGCGGCAAUAUUUGUCCGGCGAGCUGGAGCUCGAGCUGACCCCUCAGGGCACGCUGGCGGAGCGAAUCCGGGCCGGUGGUGCCGGCAUACCCGCCUUCUUUACACCGACCGCCUACGGAACGCUGGUGCACGAGGGUGGUUCGCCGAUCAAGUACGGCCCGGGCGGCACAAUCGAAAUCGCUAGCGAACCGCGCCCGAUGCAACUGUUCGGCGGCAAGCCCUACAUCAUGGAGGAAGCGAUCACGGGCGAUUACGCGCUGGUGAAGGCACACGUCGCCGACGAAGCGGGCAACCUUAUAUUCAACAAGUCAGCCCGCAAUUUCAACCCGACGAUGUGCAAGGCGGCCAAAGUGACGAUUGCAGAGGUGGAGGAGAUCGUACCGGUCGGCUCCUUAGAUCCGGACCAGGUGCAUAUGCCGAGCGUGUUCGUCCAUCGCAUCGUGAAGGGCCCAUCGUACGAGAAGCGCAUUGAGCGACUGAGGGUGAACGAUGCCAAGCGAUCCGGGUCGGUCGUAUCGUCUACGCCGGCCGCAAAGAUGCGCGAACGCAUCGUGAAGCGCGUGGCAAUGGAGUACCGCGACGGUAUGCACAUCAAUCUCGGCAUCGGCAUUCCGGUGCUUUCGUCCAACUUCAUCCCGGCCGGCAUGAACGUGCUGCUGCAGUCGGAGAACGGCAUCCUCGGACUGGGUCCGUUCCCAGAGAAGCACGCGGUGGAUCCGGAUCUGAUCAAUGCCGGCAAGGAGACGGUCACCGUGCUACCGGGUGCAUCUUAUUUUUCGUCCGACGACAGCUUCGCUAUGAUCCGAGGCGGCCACAUCGAUAUCACUGUGUUGGGCGCGAUGGAAGUGUCGCAGUACGGCGAUCUAGCCAACUGGAUGAUUCCGGGCAAACUGGUGAAGGGUAUGGGUGGCGCGAUGGACCUGGUGGCCGCCCCGGGCACGAAGGUGAUCGUCACGAUGGAACACAACGCCAAGGAUGGCUCGCACAAGAUUCUGUCCAGCUGCAACCUGCCCGUGACGGGACGGAACUGCGUCGACAUGAUCGUCACCGAGAAAGCCGUCUUCAACGUGGACAAGGACACCGGCCUGAUGCUGAUGGAGCUGGCCGAGGACUGCUCGGUGGAGGAGGUGAUCACCAGCACCGGUUGUGACUUUUCCGUUUCGCCUGACCUCAAAAAAAUGGGCCAGGUUGAUGAAGUGUGAGAAAAAGGAAAAAGAAAAACUUCGAACCCUAUAACAUAAGGAAACUAUCUAACUAACGGUUAAAUGUGUGUGCAUGCGUGUGUGUAUUAGUGUGUUUGUGUGUGUAUAAAGAAAAAAGAAGUUUUCAAAACUUUCUCCCGCUGAACACCGCCCCGGGAGAGUGCUUUCGCCGGUAGAUCCAUCUGCGUUUGGUGAAGAUGCAGAUCCGAAUUCGUACAGCAGCGGCGAAACUCGAUUAUAUAUUCAUUCUCACACUCUCAGGUAUGGCAUUUAAGAAGGAACGUGAAAGAGAAAGAGAAUAAGUAGUACACAGUGCGCUACUCAUCCGUGCCAUCGCCGGACGGCAGGGAUCCAGAAAAUCUUUCCUUGAAGCAAAACGAUCACACAAAACCCAACGCCUAAAAUGUGUAAUCCAUAUGGGUUAUUUUUUCUUAUCUUACUAACGAACGUUUCCUUUCAAACGGUCAAAUUGUACAGCAUUCGUUCGAUGCCCACUAGAUUUAUGUUGUGCUCAGCCGAGUGGCGUGAGGAUAAAGUUGUAUCGAAAUAAAAUUUCUCACCAAAGGAGGUGCAAAAAUCGA